AUGUCUCAGAUCACUGACGUCUGCGGCUACGCAUCGUCUCACUUCGAAGGGCUACCACUAGACGCGCUGCAAUACCUUACCCCUGACGACACGCCAUCCCAACGCGAAAGCCAAAGUCAUUCUAUCACCGACAGCCAGCUAGAGUCAGUUGCAGACCCUCCAGACCUUCCAGACCUUCCAGGUCACCGAGUACGAUCUCGCGCAGAACCUCGGGCCCCAGACACCCUCACGCGAAUUAAGCCGGACAGAAGUAAUGAAUAUAUCGUCUUUACUACCAACAUGUCCGCGGAAUUCGUUAAGUGGUGGCUUCGAACCGAUUUUGGCAAGAAGAAGCGGCUAAACUGGGAGGUCAGCCGUCGCGCAGACUGCUGGACUGGGUUUCAACAAGUUGCACAUGCUAAAGAUGGAAAGCCUGGCGUUAUAUGCAAUCGGUGCCGUACGGUUCUCACACAUCCAGCGACAAAUCAUACCGGAAACUCAUCGAUGCAGAAGCAUCUAGAUGGGCCAAGGUGUCGACAACGAAUUACAAAGAAGGGUAAUAUCCAGCAACUACUCAGUGACGCGGCCGAGAGAAGACCAGUGCCAGCCUUUACUCAACAAAUAUGGGAACAAAAGAUUCUAAAUCUGAUCACUGUAUCGCAUUUACCUUUCCUCUUCGUCGAGCACCCAGAAUUCCAUGACCUCCUUUCCUACGCUCGGCUAGCACCUACACCACCGAGCGUUCCGUCAAGAAAGGUGAUUCGCGACCGGCUCCGGAGUUUCGUUACAGAUAUUCAGCAAGAGACACUACAACAGCUCCCAUGUGGUGCAAAAAUGUCAAUUGCGCUUGACUGUUGGACUUCACCAUUCCAGCACGCAUUCAUGGCCAUCACCGGAUAUUUUCUAGACCAGGAAUGGGAGUAUCGCGAGGUCCUACUUGGGUUUGAGCCAAUUUUUGGAUCGCAUACUGGCGUGAACCUCGGGGACGUAGUUCUCCAGAUCCUACAAAAGCACCAAAUCGCCGAUCGAGUACUAGCGGUGACAACUGAUAAUGCGUCUAACAACAAGACACUUGUCGCAGCAGUGAAUGAUUCAAUCAAGAAGCUACAAAUAGAGACGGAUUCUACGAUCAUUCAAGUACCCUGCCUUGCGCAUGUUAUUCAAUUGAGUCUAGUUGAUUUGCUUGGUAAAAUCAAGGCUUCGCCAAAGAAUGAUAACGCCGAGACAGAAUGGUCUGAUGAUCGUAUACGUUUGCUUCGUACACGCCAGCAGAAACACGAGAUUGCUGACACUCUGAACAAAGUCCGAGGUAUUGCGGUUUAUAUCAACGGAAGCCCUCAACGCAAGGAAGCCUUCUUGAAUACUCAGCCUAGUAAUACGCCAAGACUGCUUCUCAUCCAAGAUGUUCGUACAAGGUGGAACUCGACAUUUCUGAUGCUUCGUCGGGCGAAGAGGCUUCAUAUCGCAAUUGACAAGUUCUGUUCCGACUACGAUCAACAUCAUUUUACAUUGAGUGCAGAGGGGUGGCGGCAAAUCGAUUACUUGCUUUGUAUUCUUCAACCCUUUUUCACGCUCACCACGCUAGUUUGUCGUACUAAAGAUUCGAGCAUCCAUCUUGUCUUUAAGAUCUACAACAAGCUCUUUGACCAUCUUGAAAGAUCGAUGCGUCAGCUUCGCCGAAAGAAGGUUCCCUGGAAACAGCUAAUGCUUUCUUCACUGGAGGCUGCGAAGGGGAAACUCAAGAAAUACUACGGCGAAACAGAUGAUAUCGAAGAUAAUCUCUAUGCUAUUGGGACGAUCCUAGCGCCGUCGAGCAAGAUGGAAUUCUUUUCAACAAGUGAUUGGGACCUAGAUCCCGAGAUGGGAAAGGACUACAGAAAAGAAUACCGCGAGAGUCUUCAGUCUCUGUUUGAGAAAUAUAGCCAAUGUAUACCAUCUGAGAUGAGACAGUCUGAUAGCAGUCAAUUCACAACACAAUCGGAGCUUGAGAAGGCCUUAGACGACGACUCUCCACGACGAUCGACUGCUCCGCAGUAUGACGAGCUCACGAAAUAUCUCCAGAGUGAUACCAUCAAAGGAUCGACUCGGAUCUUCUGGAAAGAUCAUCAGAGGGAAUUCCCUAUUCUUGCAAGCAUUGCCCGUGAUAUCAUGUCAAUUCCAGCGACUGGUGCCGGAGUUGAGCGUCUUUUCAACUCUGCCCGGGAUGUGUGCCACUACCGCCGGGGGUCGUUGAACCCAGAGACUGUUCGCGAUAUCAUGUUGUAUAUGUGUACAACAAGAUUCGAUAUCAAGGAGGAGCAGCGGCUGAUUCUUCAAGAGUAUCUUUUAGACCAUGAGAUUGCCGCUUCGGCCGAAGCACUUGAUAUCCAGACACAUGCUUUCGAGGCUAUCAGUGAUGAUGAGGAGGAUGUCGAGAUGCGUCUUGAGACACCGGCUGCUACAUCAACCACGCAGGCAAACCCGGACGCACCGUCACUCCUAGCAGUCACCCCUGGUAAGCGGCUUGCGGUUACUUCUGACGAUGAGGAAGCCUCUGAUACCGAUGAAUUUGCGGAUCUAGAUGAGAACAGGGCACCACCCUUGCCUGACUUCCCUGAUACACAGCAUCGUGUAUCAGGCAGAAUACGGAAGAAGUCGAGACUACUGGAUGGGUAUGUAGCUUGA